AUCAAAAGCAGCCACAUGUGCUUUUAAAAACCAAUGCAGCUUGGCCCAUUCUUUACGUUUUUUCUGUAUGUAGACCCCCUCUAAUACGUUAUUACGCAUGGUUACUCCAAGUAUCUAUAGAUUUCAUUUAUAGACAGAGGGUCCUUCAAACGCUGCCCGUCGUUAUCCGUGCAAGAGCUUCAUUUUUUCUUGUGUCCAGCUUGACUGAAAGCAAACGCCGUUUGACAGACUGAAGAAACAGCGACUGACGGCUCCAAAAUGGGGUAUGGACGGUCGGACAGCUACCGCGUGGCAACCACGCAGGACAAUGAUGAUAAGGAAUCUCCCAAAAAGGGAAAGGGAGGGAAAGACCUUGAUGACUUGAAGAAGGAAGUGCCACUGACAGAGCAUAAGAUGUCGAUUGAGGAAGUGUGCCGAAAGUACAACACUGACAUCGUACAGGGUCUGACUAAUGCCAGGGCUGCAGAGUACCUCGCUCGGGAUGGUCCCAAUGCUCUCACCCCUCCACCCACCACCCCGGAGUGGGUCAAAUUCUGCCGACAGCUCUUCGGAGGUUUCUCCAUCCUGCUGUGGAUCGGAGCAAUCCUCUGCUUCCUGGCCUACGCCAUCCAGGCGGCCACUGAGGACGAGCCUGCCGGAGACAACUUGUAUCUGGGGAUCGUGCUGUCUGCUGUGGUCAUCAUCACCGGCUGCUUCUCCUACUUCCAGGAGGCCAAGAGCUCCAAAAUCAUGGAGUCCUUCAAGAACAUGGUUCCCCAGCAAGCUUUAGUGAUCCGUGAAGGUGAGAAGCUCCAGAUUAACGCUGAGGAGGUGGUGGGUGGAGAUCUGGUGGAGGUGAAGGGAGGAGACAGGAUUCCUGCUGACCUCAGGAUCAUCUCUGCUCACGGCUGCAAGGUGGACAACUCCUCUCUGACGGGUGAAUCAGAGCCUCAGACCAGGUCUCCUGACUGCACUCAUGAUAACCCUCUGGAAACCCGCAACAUCGCCUUCUUCUCCACCAACUGUGUUGAAGGUACUGCUCGCGGUAUUGUGGUCUGCACCGGUGACCGCACCGUCAUGGGCCGCAUCGCCACCCUGACCUCCGGCCUGGAGACCGGAAAGACUCCCAUCGCCAAAGAGAUCGAGCACUUCAUCCACAUCAUCACCGGCGUGGCCGUCUUCCUGGGCGUCACCUUCUUCAUCCUGUCCAUCAUCCUGGGCUACAGCUGGCUGGAGGCCGUCAUCUUCCUCAUCGGCAUCAUUGUGGCCAACGUGCCCGAGGGGCUGCUGGCCACCGUCACUGUGUGUCUGACUCUCACAGCCAAGCGAAUGGCCCGUAAGAACUGCCUGGUGAAGAAUCUGGAGGCUGUGGAGACUCUGGGAUCCACUUCCACCAUCUGCUCGGAUAAAACCGGAACGCUGACGCAGAACCGCAUGACUGUCGCUCACAUGUGGUUCGACAAUCAGAUCCAUGAGGCAGACACCACUGAAGAUCAGUCUGGUGCAUCGUUUGAUAAGAGCUCUGGCACAUGGUUGGCUCUGGCCCGCGUGGCUGCUCUCUGUAACAGGGCCGUGUUUAAAGCGGGACAGGAGUCUCUGCCUAUCCUGAAGAGGGAUGUCGCAGGGGACGCCUCUGAAUCUGCUCUUCUCAAGUGUAUCGAGCUGUCCUGCGGCUCCGUCAAAGCCAUGAGGGACAAGAACAAGAAAGUGGCCGAAAUUCCCUUCAACUCCACCAACAAAUAUCAGUUGUCAGUGCACGAGUUGGACGAGAGUGAAGAAAACCACUACCUGCUUGUGAUGAAGGGGGCACCAGAGCGCAUCUUGGACCGCUGCUCCACCAUCCUGCAGCAGGGCAAAGAGCAGCCCAUGGAUGAAGAGUUGAAGGAGGCUUUCCAGAACGCCUACCUGGAGCUCGGAGGACUGGGAGAAAGAGUUCUAGGUUUCUGCCACUUGGUGAUGCCUGGUGACAAAUACCCCAAAGGCUUCGCGUUUGACACCGACGACAUUAACUUCCAGACAGACAACCUGUGCUUUGUGGGUCUGAUGUCCAUGAUUGACCCUCCCCGAGCCGCCGUCCCAGACGCUGUGGGCAAAUGCCGCUCAGCUGGUAUCAAAGUCAUCAUGGUGACCGGCGACCAUCCCAUCACAGCCAAGGCCAUCGCCAAAGGUGUGGGCAUCAUCUCUGAGGGCAACGAGACAGUCGAGGACAUCGCCGCUCGCCUGAAUAUCCCAGUCAGCCAGGUCAACCCAAGGGAUGCUAAAGCCUGCGUGAUCCACGGCACAGAUCUGAAGGAUCUCUCGCAGGACCAGAUGGAUGAAGUGCUGAAGAAUCACACAGAGAUCGUGUUCGCCAGGACGUCCCCCCAGCAGAAGCUCAUCAUCGUGGAGGGCUGCCAGAGACAGGGCGCUAUCGUGGCCGUGACUGGUGAUGGAGUGAAUGAUUCUCCCGCUCUGAAGAAAGCAGAUAUCGGCGUGGCCAUGGGGAUUUCUGGAUCAGACGUCUCCAAACAGGCAGCAGACAUGAUCCUGCUGGAUGACAACUUUGCAUCCAUUGUUACUGGAGUGGAGGAAGGUCGCUUGAUCUUUGAUAACCUGAAGAAGUCCAUCGCCUACACGCUGACCAGCAACAUCCCUGAGAUCACUCCAUUCCUGUUCUUCAUCCUGGUCAACAUUCCUCUUCCUCUGGGCACCAUCACCAUCCUCUGCAUUGACCUGGGCACUGACAUGGUCCCUGCGAUCUCAUUGGCUUAUGAAGCAGCAGAGAGUGACAUCAUGAAGCGUCAGCCCCGUAACCCUCUCCGGGACAAGCUGGUGAACGAGCGUCUCAUCAGCAUUGCUUACGGACAGAUCGGUAUGAUUCAGGCGCUGGGAGGAUUCUUCAGUUAUUUCGUGAUUCUGGCUGAGAAUGGUUUUCUGCCCAGUGUGCUGGUGGGCAUUCGGCUGAACUGGGACGAUCGCUCCAACAAUGACCUGGAGGACAGUUACGGACAGCAAUGGACGUACGAGCAGAGGAAGAUCGUGGAGUUCACCUGUCACACAGCUUUCUUCGUCAGUAUUGUGGUCGUACAGUGGGCCGACGUCAUCAUCUGCAAGACUCGCCGCAACUCUGUGUUCCAGCAGGGCAUGAAGAAUAAGAUCCUGAUCUUCGGGCUGUUUGAGGAGACGGCUCUAGCUGCAUUCCUCUCCUACUGUCCCGGGAUGGACGUGGCGCUCAGGAUGUACCCUCUCAAGCCCAGUUGGUGGUUCUGCGCGUUCCCUUACAGCUUCUUAAUUUUUGUUUAUGAUGAGAUCCGAAAACUUAUCCUGCGCCGAAACCCAGGAGGUUGGGUUGAAAAGGAGACGUACUACUGAAUUGUCAAAUACUUCACUCAUCGAUUCUCCCUCACUCUCUCUUUCUCUCUCUCUUCUCUCUUUCUUAUUCACGUUCUCCCCAUUCCUACCGAAAACCAAUACAGAAACAACCAUGUUACAAAUCCACCUCCUUCCUUCCCUCCCUUUACCCAAUUAAAAAAUAACGCAGACCAACAACAACAGACCAACACAACAAACCUCCUGUUAUUGUUUUUUUUUUUUUUUUGUACGUGUGUGUAUGUGUGUGUUUUUCUCCAGCUGAAUCUGCCAGAAACACAUCGGUAAGGUUUACCGAUACUCUCAAAACACACUGUUAGGUUGUGCGAACGCACAGCUUUUGCUAAUGGAUGUCACGCAUCGCGCAGAGACUCCUAAACAAACACUGCCACGCCAGAUUACUGUUACACAUCGCUCUCCAGACACAAAAUACUAAUCGUAUAGAGGAAACAAACAGUGUUGUAUUUAUUAAUCAUUCAUAAUGAUGUUCUUUUAUGUUCGAAGUGUGUCUGAGAGCUGCUUGAUUUCGUUUUUUGCUCAGACUUGACAAAAGCACACUGCCACCCUCUCUCGCUCGCUCGCUGUUAUAAAUGAAGUUGCUGCCUUACAUUUUUAAGUUCCGUCAGUUAGUUUAACUUAACGCUACAUUAAACUGACUUAAAACAGAAAGUUGAAGUCUGCAUGAACCGAAAGUUCCACGGACUUUUAUUUCAGUAUGAUUAUGUGCUUCUUACUGAAACGGAAUAUUGAGUAGGGGGCGGAGCUUUAGCUUUGCGCAUCAUUCCAUUGGGCAAACUAACAAUAAGAGGCGUGUGGUCAAACUGACAUCAUCAGAGAAGAACUGCCAUUCAUAACACGGAAGCAAAUGCUCAGAAUUCGAUUGAAGAUUACCAAAACAAACUUCAUGUGAAUUAACAUAAAUAGAAUAAUUUUUCUUCUAAAUGAAUAAACAAUAGGAGGGGCGUGGCCAAACUGACAUCAUCAGAGAAGAACCGCUAUUCCAAACACGGAAGCAAAUGCUUAGAAUUUGAUUGAAGAUUACUAAAAACAAACUUUCUACUUCAAAAAAUGAACAUACGCAGAUUAAUUGCUCUCUUAAAGAAUAACAAUGUGUGCUGGGCGAAUAAACAGUCAAAUUUGAUUUCAUGCACACUUUAAAUCUUAAAAAAAUCAAGUUGAAGCAAAUUUAACUGAUUUUAUUAAGUUCAAAUGAGUAUUUCAAAAGUUCUGGAGACUUUUAUUAUUGUAUGUUGAUGCAGUUCUAACUGAAACUGAAUAUUGAGUAGGGGCGAAGCUUUCAUUUUGCGCAUCAUUCCUUCGUACAUACAAACAAUGAGAGGGGCGUGGACAAACUGACAUCAUCAGAAAAAAAACGCCACUCCAAACACAGAAGCAAAUGCUCAGAAUUUGAUUGAAGAUUACCAAAGCAAACUUUUUAUUUCAAUAAAUGAACAUACACGGAUUAAGUAUUGCGAUGUGUUGUGGACAAAUUAACAGUAAAAUUUGAUUUCACUCAGACUUUAAAUCUUUAAAAAAUUAAGUUGGCGCAUAUUGAACUCAUUUUAUUAAGUAUUUGUAACAUAAUGAUUGCUAAAGCUGAUUUGAUUCAACUUAAAUUUUUCAGGCAGCAACUCAUUUCUUACAGAGCUCUUCCUUACUCUUUCUCCUUCUAUCUUUGUCUUCUAUCUCUCGCUCUCCGUCCCCUUUUAUCCUGCACUUCCCUCCUCUUUCUUCUGUCCGUCCGUCUGUCCGUCCCCGUCUGUUUGUCUGUUUGUGAACGAUGUGAAGACACUCCUCCUCCCUCUUCUAUCCGGACCCCGUUUCCCCUGUUACAACUACAAAAAAAGAAAAAAGAAAAGAAAUUACAAUCUUUCUGUGUCCUAGGAAAAAGAGAUUUCACUCUGAUUUCAUUGUUUAAAUAAGUGCAGAGAAAAUCAAAACAUGGAGUAAAAGCAAUGUACCAAUACGUGAAACAAACAGCAAAAAAA